AUGCCGACGCCGCACAAGCUACCUCGUGUCGCCAUAUCGUAUUGCACCCAAUGCAAGUGGAUGUUGCGAGCAGCAUACUUUGGCCAGGAAUUGCUAUCAACCUUCGGAACAGCUAUUGGCGAGAUCGCCCUCAUUCCCGCCACCGGUGGUCUCUUUACUGUCUAUUUGACCCACGUACCUCCCGGAUCCGAUGAGAAUGCAGAAGCACAAGAGAUAUUGCUAUGGGAUAGAAAGACAGAAGGAGGAUUCCCGGAAACGAAGGUGCUCAAACAACGCUUGAGGAAUCAUAUCGAGCCGGGUCGUGAUCUUGGUCACUCUGACAAGCCCUCCAAGACUCAGACUUCGGACACAUCUUCAAAGCCAACAGAGCCUGCUCAGAGCACUGCCGCUACGGCGUCUGUAACUUCAUCAAACUCCAUCUAG